GGGCCCUGGGAGGGGCGCAGCGUCCGGCGGCGUCGCGGGCGGCGGCGGCGGGGCCGGGGCGCGGGGAGGGGCCGCGGGGGCAGACAAAGCCGCGGCUAAUGAAUGGGAGCGCGUCCGCCCGCGCCGCCGUCGUCCUGCCCCGGAGCCGCGCCGCCCGAGGCCCGGCGCCCGGCUGAGGAGAGACCGCAGAGCGAGGUUCUGGGGGAAGGUGCCCUCCGAACCAGGAAGCAGACCCUCAGCAGAAUGCAGCUGCCGGCCCUCUGACCUUGGGCGUCCCGCCUCGGGAACGGAGAGAAGUGGUGUGAACUCAGUUACCCGAGUGCCUCCUACGGGCUGCGCUGGUGGAAGCUGAAGUCAGGAGUUGGAGUCGGGCUCUGUGAUGCCGAGGACGCGGGCGCUGCAGGCGGAGUGGCACGGGUCCUGUCUGCACGUGAGAAGCCCGUCUGCCCUGCAGAGCCGCACGCCGAUACCAUGAAGGGCUUAGCCACAGACUCUCCGGACGGCAGUGCCGAGUGCUCCAGGGGUCGUGCGGUGUGCGUGUCAGCGAUGUGCGGGAGCAGCCAGAGAGGCGGCGGCGUCACGCAGAGGCCGCGGCCGUCUCCCCGCAGGGGCACACACGAGCCUUUGUGUCUGUUUUUUAUUCUAAGAUGCUGACAUAACAAAUCAAGCAGAAUAGUUAUGGUCAGUCAUGGAGAAUGACCAGGAAGCUCGUCCCAGAGGGGAUGAGGAUUUGGAUUCUGUAAAUUUUAAAAUAGAAGAGGAGGAUGAUCAGAUUCCUGGUCACGGUUUGGAAAGAAUGGCCUUCCCGAGCGAGCAGGAGGACGUGAGGCAGACAGACAGCGGGGAUGAGCAGGCCGAGGCCGGAGGGCCGGGCCGCCCCUGUGCGCCGCCCGAGAGGGAGAAGGACGACGAGUACGGGCCUCUGUUCUCGCGCUACAGCAGCACGCUGUACGACGUGGCCAUGGAGGCCGUGGCCCAGAGCCUGCUCUCCAGCCGCCACGUGAGCUCCAGGAAGAAGUCGCCCGCCUGGAAGCAUUUUUUUAUCUCGCCCAGAGACAGCACGAAGGCCAUCUGCAUGUACUGCAUGAAGGAGUUCAGUCGGGGCAAAAACGAGAAAGACUUGAGCACGAGCUGCCUCAUGCGGCACGUCCGCCGGGCGCACCCCACGGUGCUCGUCCCGGAGAACGGGGGCGUGGCCGCCGUGGCCGCGCUGCCCUCGGCCUCGCUCCUGCUGCCCUCGCAGCCGGCGGACGUGGGCGACCUCGGCUCCGUGCUCUCGCCCGCGAAGCUGGUGCAGAAGAUGGCCUCGAAGAUGCCGUCCCCCGACCGAGUGACGGAGGAGUCGGUGUCCGUGGUGUCCUCUGAAGACGUCUCCUCGGACAUGUCUGUUUCUGACAAGUGCGGCAGGGAAGAGGUCCUGGCAGGGGCGUCGCCCCAGCUGCCCGCCCUCCAGUACGACGACGCGGCAGAGGGCUUGGCGGAGAAGAGCCUCCCGCUGCCCAAGAGCGCGUCUGGGUCCAGGCGGCGGUCGGCCGUGUGGAAGCACUUCUACCUGUCGCCCCUCGACAACUCCAAGGCCGUGUGCAUCCACUGCAUGAACGAGUUCAGCCGCGGCAAGAACGGGAAGGACCUGGGCACGAGCUGCCUCAUCCGGCACAUGUGGCGGGCGCACCGCUCCAUCGUGCUGCGGGAGAACGGGGGCGGCCCGGGCAUCCCGCCCCUCUACUCGGCCUCGCCCACCCUGCUGCCCGCGCUGCUGCCUCCCGAGGGCGAGCUGCACGCUGGGUCCUCCCCAGGGAAGCUGGUCGGAGAGUCGCGCUCGGCCGCCUCCUCCCCCGACAGGCUGGCUGACGACCUGCAGUCGCGACUGAACCCUGGAGACGCGUUCCUGGAGGACGCGUCCGUGCUGUCCUCCUCCGACGACGUGGGAGAGGCCUCGGCCGUGUCCUCCCCGGAGAAGCAGCAGGCUGACGAGCCGAGUCCCCGGCGGCCGGAGGCCGGCACCGUCUUCCAGCAGAACAAGAAGGUGAUGAAGAGGCUGAAGUCGGAAGUCUGGCACCACUUCUCGCUGGCCCCCAUGGACAGCCUCAAGGCCGUGUGUCGGUACUGCGGCUGCGUCAUCAGCCGGGGCAAGAAGGGCGACGUGGGCACCAGCUGCCUGAUGCGCCACCUGUACCGACGCCACCCCGAAGUCGUCGGGGGCCAGAAGGGCUUUCUGGGAGCCAGUCUGGCCAACUCUCCGUACGCCACGUUGGCCUCUGCAGAAAGCUCCUCCUCCAGGCUGGCCGACCUGCCGGCGGCGGUCAGCAGGGGCAGUCAGGCCACGUUUCCUGUGAGUAGCAAGAAGACCUCGAAGUUGUGGAACCACUUUUCCAUUUGCUCCGCAGACUCCACCAAGGUGGUGUGCCUGCACUGCGGCCGCACCAUCAGCCGGGGGAAGAAGCCCACCAACCUGGGCACCAGCUGCCUCCUCCGGCACCUGCAGCGGUUCCACGGCAGCGCGCUGAAGCCCGACGCCCCCGUGCCCCGCGGGCCCCCAAGCGCGGAACUGCCCGGGGCGCCCUCCUUUGACACCACCGAGAAGUUUUACGAUUCUCACCCGGUUGCCAAAAAGAUCACAAGCCUCAUAGCCGAGAUGAUUGCACUUGACCUCCAGCCCUACUCUCUGGUGGACAGCGUCGGCUUUAACCGGCUGCUGGAAUACUUGAACCCUCAGUACUCUCUGCCCUCUCCUUCCUACUUCUCCAGGACGGCUAUCCCGGGCAUGUACGACAACGUGCAGCAGAUCAUCGUGUCGCACCUGAGGGGAGCCGAGAGCGGGGUGAUCCACUUCACGUCCGGCAUCUGGAUGAGCAACCAGACGCGGGAGUACCUGACCCUCACGGCUCACUGGGUCACCUUCGAGUCGGCGCGGCCCCACUGUGAGGACCACCACUGCUCAGCACUUUUGGACGUGUCGCAGGUCGACUGCGACUACAGCGGCAACAGCAUCCAGAAGCAGCUGGAGUGCUGGUGGGAAGCCUGGGUGACGUCCAUCGGCCUCCAGGUCGGCAUCACGGUCACGGACAACCCGAGCAUCGCCAAGACCCUGAACGAGGGGGAGCACUCGAGCGUGCAGUGCUUCAGCCACACGGUGAACCUGAUCGUCAGCGAGGCCAUCAAGAGCCAGAGGAUGGUGCAGAACCUGCUGAGCAUCGCGCGGAAGGUCUGCGAGCGGGUGCACCGCUCGCCCCGGGCCAAGGAGAAGCUGGCGGAGCUGCAGCGGGCGUACGAGCUGCCCCAGCACCACCUGCUGCAGGACGUCCCGUCCAGGUGGAGCACCUCGUUCCACAUGCUGGAGCGGCUCAUCGAGCAGAAGCGGGCCGUCAGCGAGAUGGCGGCCGAGUGCGAUUUCAGAGAGCUGAUCAGCUGCGACCAGUGGGAGGUCAUGCAGUCCGUGUGCCACGCGCUGAAGCCCUUCGAGGCUGCGAGCCGGGAGAUGCGCUCCCGCGUGUCCACGCUGAGCCAGGUCAUCCCCAUGAUCCACAUCCUCAACAGGAAGAUGGAGACGCUGGCCCAGGAGACCAUGGGCAUCGACACCAUGCUCAAGUCUCUGAAGGAGGCCAUGGUCAGCCGGCUGGCCGCCACCCUGCACGACCCCAGGUACAUCUUCGCCACGCUCUUGGACCCUCGUUACAAAGCCUCCCUGUUCACGGAGGAGGAGGCCGAGCAGUACAAGCGAGACUUGAUCAGGGAGCUAGAACUAAUGAAUUCUACCUCAGAUACCACGCCUGCCUCCAGCGGCUGCGACGCGGGCUCCCCCUCGAAGGACUGUGCCAGAGGGGAUGACCUGUGGUCACUCGUGGCCAAGGUGAAGAAGGAAGGUCAGAGAGAGAAGUUGCCUGAGGACAUGGUGCUCGCGUACCUGGAGGAGGAGGCGAUCGACCACAGCUGUGACCCGCUCGCCUACUGGGCCCUGAAGAAGGCCGCCUGGCCGGGGCUGUCCGCGCUGGCCGUCAGGUUUCUGGGCUGCCCGCCCAGCACCGUCCCUUCGGAGAAGCUGUUCAGCACGCCCACCGAGAGCGGCAGCUGCGGCCAGUCCAGGCUCAUGAUGGAGCAUUUUGAGAAACUGAUCUUCCUGAAAGUGAACCUCCCCCUAAUAUACUUCCAGUAUUGACACUCGACAGAGCCGCCCUCACGGGGAGCCUCUGCCUGGGCUCUCGCUCGCUCCCGCUGGGGCCGUGCACGACAUGGACCAGGCACUCUCAGGGCCACCCUCCAGCGCUCACCGUAAUGUCUCCGCGUGCCUUACUGCUCCUCCAGGCCAGGGAUCGCGGUGUUUUAAGUCCGCUAGACAUAGCCAGUCUUGUCGAUUAUGAAAUGCGAUUAGGUUUUAAUUCAUAGCUGUAAAGUUUUUUACAAGUCGGGGGUUAGUGAUUUGUUUUACUAGCGCGGCGAGAAGAUGUAAACGAUUUUGUUCUGUCGGCUUUUUAUUCAAUUAUGUAAAAACACAAAUCAGGUACUGUACUUUAGCUAAAACUGCGCUGAUUGCAGCAAGGGCUUCUGUGGCCGUCAGGCGAGGUCUGGGAGUGGGAGGCGGCGGUCAGGCCGCGCUGACCGAGCGGUUUCUCACUGCAGGCGCUAAGCAAGCUGAGGAGGAAGGGAGCCCUCUAGGUGGAAGGAGACUGUUCACGGCGACCCAGACUUGGCAUUGGAGAGCUUGGCUGCACUGGGCGUGGCGUGGAGACUGGUCCGCCGGCUGUCAGUCACCGGGCCGCUCCCAUUUCAGGUUCUUGCAUUCAGGUUUCCUCCCAUCAGAACUCAGAGAUGUCCCACUGUUCUCACGAGGGCCCUUGCCACGGGACCUCAGUGUGUCACUUCAUGCUGACUGCUGGCCAGUGCCUGCUGGUCAAACCCCCACGCCACUGACUGCGUCUGCCGAAGUGCACCGGCCCCCAGUCUGGUCAGAUUACGUGGAAGGUUCUAGAAGAGAUGGCGUAUCAACAGGAAAGCAGCUUGUCAUGUUCCAGUUGUAGGGGUAGCCUUAGCCUUAGGUGCUCAGGUUUUUGUUUUUGUUUUUGUUUCGUGAUAGGGAAGAUUUAGCCAUCACUGGGGUAUCCUAGAAUCCUGAGGACAUCAGAAUGAAAUGAAAUAUCAGUUGUCAGGUUCUUUAACAGUGUCUCUGGAGUUUUUGCUUUAAUAUCUUUUUAAAAAGUUCAUUUUCUCAUUUCAGAUCAGUUAAAUAUUCUGAGUGAGCUAAAUCACUCAUUUGCCUAUGACCUUUUGAAAAAGUUGUUUAAAAUACUGUACCUAUGCUUAAUCUAAAUUUGCAUUUGACUAUGGUUUAGUGUAUUUAUAAAUGGUGAACUCAGUUUCUGAAAUUAAACUUUUUAUUUGCAGUUUUCUA